AUGAAUCGGCGUCUCCUGGUGCGUUCUAUAUCAUGUUUCCAACCUUUGUCGAGAAUAACCUUUGGAAGACCAAACACAGCAUUUCUUAGAAGCUAUGCCGAUACAUUCGCUACUGCAAAAACGAAUGGCACCAUAUUGCGGAAACAGUUACUGUCGUUGAAGCCCAUUUCUCCCUCCGACUCACUGUUCAUCUCGUGCACGGUGUUCAAUUCCAAGGGAAAUAUCAUCUCAAUGUCCGAGAAGUUUCCUAAAUGGUCCUUUUUAACUGAACAUUCCCUUUUCCCCAGAGAUCUGAGGAAAAUAGACAACUCUUCUAUUGAUAUUAUUCCAACCAUCAUGUGCAAGCCGAACUGUAUUGUUAUUAACUUAUUACAUAUCAAGGCUCUUAUUGAACGAGACAAAGUCUACGUCUUCGACACAACAAACCCCUCCGCCGCUGCCAAAUUGAGUGUACUCAUGUAUGACUUGGAGUCUAAGUUAUCUUCCACCAAGAACAACUCUCAAUUUUAUGAGCAUAGAGCCCUCGAGAGUAUUUUUAUCAACGUAAUGAGCGCAUUGGAAACGGACUUCAAGCUUCACUCACAAAUCUGUAUCCAAAUCUUAAAUGAUCUGGAGAACGAGGUCAAUAGACUUAAGCUGCGCCAUCUAUUAAUUAAAUCCAAAGAUCUUACCCUUUUUUACCAAAAGACUUUAUUGAUCAGAGAUCUAUUAGAUGAGUUACUGGAAAAUGACGAUGAUCUAGCAAACAUGUACCUGACAGUUAAGAAGUCUCCGAAGGACAAUUUUUCGGACUUGGAAAUGCUUAUAGAGACUUACUAUACCCAAUGUGAUGAAUAUGUUCAACAAUCGGAAUCUUUGAUUCAAGAUAUCAAAUCCACUGAGGAAAUCGUCAACAUCAUAUUGGACGCAAAUAGAAACUCAUUAAUGCUGUUAGAGUUGAAAGUUACCAUCUAUACAUUGGGAUUCACCGUAGCAUCUGUACUACCUGCGUUUUAUGGUAUGAAUUUAAAAAACUUUAUCGAGGAGAGUGAAUGGGGGUUUACUUCGGUGGUGAUGUUCUCCAUCGUUUCUGCCCUUUAUAUCACCAAGAAAAAUUUUAAUUCUUUAAGAUCUGUGACAAAGAUGACUAUGUAUCCAAACUCACCCGCAAACUCUACUGCAUAUCUCAAAACGCCGGCUUCUAUUUCUCUGUCAAAUAAACUAAGAAGAAGGCGAAACUGGUGGAAAUCGACCAAGCAGCGGCUGGGAGUAUUGCUUUAUGGUACCAGCUAUUAUAAUGAGGCUAAUUUGUCGAACAAUAAAAUUAAUAAAGGCCUUUCGAAAUUGAAGAAAUUCAAUAUGGAGAAUGAUAUUAAAAACAAGCAAAACAGAGACAUGAUUUGGAAAUGGUUGAUAGAAGAUAAGAAGAAUUGA